CUUAAGACUCUCCGAGCCGAAAUAAAUCCAAGCAGAAACAAGUAAAGUGGAAAGUAGAAAAGUCAAUCUACCCGAAACAGUUUUAUCGAGAAGAGUGAUACCACUCUGAUACUACUAUCAUUUACUUCUAUUUGCACUGCGCUCACCACAAUAACAAUUAUUCUUGUCUAUGUCGAAUCAGUUAAGUUUUACAUUAAUUAUUUCACCAUCGAUAUUAAUUAUCUUCGUUUUCCAAUUUGUGACAGUGAUUGUAGUUAUUAAUUACAAAUUUAUAUUUAUUUAUAAACAAUCUACAGUUGUGAAUUGAAAUUUAAUUGAAUAUUAAUUAACAUUCUAUGAUUAUGACUUUUGUGAGUUGCAUUUCAAUUAUUGAUACCAAUUGCUCAGUGACAAUUAACAGAGUGGGUGUUAAAUAGUUUAAAUUUUAAAUAAAAGUUUUCAUAAGAUUUUAAAAUUAUAUUGAUAUUAAUUAAAUGCUGUGUUUAAAUUUCAGCUUUUUUAUUAUUAUUAUUAAAUAAUACCAGUAUGUUUAUAUAACGAAAUAUUGUGACAGAAAACUCGAUAAUUUCGUUUAAAUGAUUUACUUCGCGUCCGAGAUAAUGUUUCAAUUGAAAUAUCAAACGCGAGUGCUGUUUUUAAAAAUUUUUUUUCUUUUAAUCUUUAUUAACAUCGUAUUGUUUUACUGUGUAAGUAAUUCUGUAGAACAAAGAACAUGUGAAAAUUGAAAAAAGGUCGGGGAGGCGGACACGUAGCUUUUGUUUCAAUGUGAUAAAGUCCAAGAGCUGCAUGCUAGAGCAGAGAGGUAAAAUAUUAAAUUCUACGGUGGCAUGGAAAAUAAUAAUAAAGGAAACUAAAAGACAGAAGUUAAUGUUGGGGAUCUAAUGGCUUCAAAUAAACCGAAAAGGUCAUUCUGACCAGGAUGUCUCGGGGCCAGACGAACUGGUCGGACGACCCGGAGGAUACCAACGGGAUCACAAGGCAGAGUCAGCCGGGACAGUCGACCCAGCCACAACCUCAGAUACAGAUACAGCCCCAACCUCCUCAGCCUAGCUCCUCCGCGAGGUCUUGCACGCCUCAGCACAGUGAGCAGCCUGCUCAACACCUCCCCUCUGGAAAUGGAGGCUUCAAAUUCGGGCUCUAUGGCUGGCGAAAAAGGUGUCUAUACUCCUUGGUGCUCGGGCUGAUGAUCAUGGUCAUCCUGAACCUUGCGCUCACGCUCUGGCUCCUAAAAGUCAUGGAGUUCAGCUCGGAAGGCAUAGGCUCGUUAAAAGUCGUGCCAGGCGGCGUGGAACUCAGGGGCCAAGCGGCCAUUCUAGACGCUCUUAUUGCUUCGAGUGUAAGAUCAAGAAAGGGGAGGAAUCUGGUGCUCGAAUCGUGGAGCAAUUUCACUGCCUCGGCCAGGGCUCACGACGGCCGGCUCUUGGCACGAUUUACACUCAGCGAAGACCGAGUAGACUGCGUAUCAAAAGGCUUCCGGAUAACGGACCCCCGAGGCGGAGUUCUUUUUUCAGCUGACCGGGAACAAGUUGUCGUGGGUGCUGCGACUUUAAAAGUUACUGGUGUUGGAGGCGCGGUUUUCCGCGGAAGUGUACAGACACCUUUGGUGAGAGCUGAGCCUGGACAUAGUCUUAGGCUAGAAUCGGCAACGAGAACGCUGGAAAUAAAGGCGCCAGAACGAGUGGUGAUAGAAUCUCGAGCAGGUGAAAUUUUGGCAUCCUGUCUGUCAGACCUGACGCUCCAGAGUGUGGAGGGCGCAAUCAGGUUCGACGCGAAAUCAGUCUUCCUAAAGGACCUAAAAGUGGGAACGCCCGUGCAGAGACACUCGACCAGAGAACAGCAGCAAGGGCAACAACAACCGCGAAAUGGGAGGUCUUCGAGUGACCAGAGGGAAUCAAAUAUCUACCAACUAUGUGUCUGCGGCAGCGGGAAGUUGUUCCUCGCGAGACCGGAAGGUGUCUGCCAAGCAGACAAGACCAUCUGCUAAUGUCGACUGAAGCGGUCCCUCGGGGAAUUCAUUGUUUGUUAUUUAUUUUUCUCGGGGGAGCGCGGCACUUUGCUAACUAAAAACUCAUCAUUUUGUAUGCAUAACGAUUCUCUGAUGGUUAAAUAAAUCUUUUAUGAUUUAAUAUCUUCAGUCGUAUACAUAUAUCGUCUUUAGAUUUUGCUAAACAACAAACAAACAAAUUUAUAAGUAAACUGUUGGUCUGACAAAUUAUUUUUUUUUAUUUUUAUUAUUAUUAAUUAUUAUUAUUAUAAAUCAAUAAGUGUUUUGAUACACGGCUGUAAAUUUUAAAAAUGAACUAAAACAUUUAAUAACGAAUUAACGUUAGUAUAAAUAAAUAAAUGAAUGAAUAAAUAAAUCUUAUUGAAUAAUGAUAUAUUAUAUGUAAUGAUAAUAAUAUCUUGGAGACAUAUCUGAGCACUGAGUGCUCACGUUCAAUGCCGUUAUGGCGCAGAGCCUACCCCACGAUGUAUAUCUUGUAUAUCAAUAAAACGAAAUUAUUAACAUUA